CCACUGCACGGCACUGCGGUGCCUAUCUGUAUGUGCAGACUACACCUCGCGCGGAGCUAGCUCGCGCUGGCUCUGUGGCGUUCUUUCUAGAAGCUUGCCAAUGCUUUUAAUGGGCACUCGCUCAGAAGCCCGGCUUUUCCAGUUUUCCCGCAACUUUGCUUACACUUACUUUAAUCUUUUGUUACCUGACACACAUUCAAGUACUUAACGACUCACUGCAAAGAAUGCGUUGUUUGAGCAAGCGCACGCUCACCGGCUCGCCGGCUUGUUAAUCGUCGUCCUUUUAGUCUGCUUAAAUCACCUGUUAGUGACAUCUUACUUGAGGCCAGGGUCAAAGCCUUUUAGCUUCUUGCAUUUUGGGCUCGGAGGGGCCUGGCCGGUCGCUGCAACGGAGCAACAAGGAGCUAUGACGAACCCAGCCAACCAGCCACCACCAUUCCUUAUCAAGACGUAUGACCUCGUUGACGACCCCUCCACCGACAACAUCGUCUCAUGGGGUGCGGAUGGCCACAGCUUCAUUGUAUGGAAGCCACCGGAGUUUGCGCGGGACUUGCUACCCAAACACUUCAAGCACAACAAUUUCUCCAGCUUUGUGCGCCAGCUCAACACCUAUGGAUUUCGCAAAGUGGACCCCGACCGCUGGGAGUUCGCAAACGAGCACUUUGUGCGGGGCAAGAAGGAACAGUUGCGGGACAUCCACCGGCGCAAGCCAUCCGCCACGCACAACGCCACAGGCACCGGCGGCGGCGCCAGCGGGGCGGCGGCCGGCGCCGCCGCGGCCACGCCGGGGGCGCCUGUGCCCAGCAAUGCGCUAGUGGCGGCGGGCCAGACGGCGCCGGCCAUUGAGAUUGGCGCGUACGGCGGCUUCCGGGAGGAGAUUGACAACCUGAAGCGCGACAAGAAUGUGCUCAUGGUUGAGCUGGUGCGGCUGCGGCAGCAGCAGGCCACCGCGGACGCCAAGAUUCGUGACCUGACUGGGCGCCUGGAGAACACGGAGGCCAAGCAGCAGACCAUGAUCAACAUGUUCGCGGCGGCCUUCAAGAACCCCGCCAUGUUCCAGCGCAUGCUGUCCACCAUGGCGAGCAGCGGCGUGCAGCGGCUGACGGCGGCGCCCGCCUACAGCGGCGGCGCGGGGGCGGCGGGCGGCCGCCGGAAACGGCGCGCGCGCGGGGAGACGUCCGUCACGGACAUUGGCGAGGACAUUGCCGGUACCGGCGUGGGCAUCACGGAGGCGAUUGACGCGGACAUGCUGGAGACCGGCGGCGCCAACCACAUGGCCGUCAACGGCGUGCACGGCGCCGCCGGCUCGCCGCCCAGCCACGGCCACGGCGCCGACGACACCUCAUCCAACGGCUCCGCCACCGACGCCACCGGCGCCGCCAACGGCUACGGCCACCAGCUGGUGGCUUACAACCCGGCGGUGGCGGCCGCGGCGGCUGCGGCUGGUGCCGCCGGAGGCAGCUCUGCCGCCGCCGUUAGCGGCGGCGCCGCCAGCACGGACGCGCUGAGCGAGAUGAUGAUGCGCAGCUUCCAGUCGCUGUUGUCGGGGGCGGAGGACAUGACGGGCGAUGUGACCGGGGCGCUGAACAGCCUGGCUAUCGGGCAGGGCGGCGGCGUCGGUGGUGGCGGUGCGCAUGUUGGCCACGCGUUGGGCGCGCACAUGGUGCCGUCGGCGGCGGCGCCGCACGUGACGAUCCAGGAGCAGCCGUCCACCAGCGCGGCGGCAGCGGCAGCGGCGGCGGCGGGUGGUGGCACGCCCACGACCAGCAGUGUGGUGCUGAUGGGCAGCUCGGCACCGGGCGUGGUGGUCAACUCCACAGGCGGGGCAGUGGUUGACCCCACCAGCGGCGCGGCGGGGCUCAUCUCCACCGCCAUCCAGCCCUACCAGGGGCCGGCCGCGCUGCCGGGGCUGCCGCAAGGCGUCGCAGUGGGCGGCGUCACUGGGCUGUCGGGGCUGGGGCCGGGGACGACGCUGCUGGCGCCGGGGGCAAUGGCCACGGCGCCGCAUGCACCGGGCGCGCACCCGACGCCGUCGGCGUUCGUCAUCACAAAGCCGGAGCCGAUGUUGGGCGGCGCGCCGGGGCCGGUGCUGCCGGUCGGGACGCCGGGCAUGGUGCCGGUGCAGCCAAGCACAGGGCCGGGGUCGUCUGCAGCAAUGACGGCGUCCGCGUUGCCCACCUCCGCCUUCGCGGCGCUGGCGGGGGUGCCGGCCGUGCCCAUGCCCGUGCCCGCCGUCCCCAUGGCGGGCGCCGCGGGGCCGUCGGUGCCCAUCCCCAUGCCGGGCAGCGCCGCCGCCACGCCCGUGCCAAUGGUGCCGGUGGUCAUGUCGCCGCCGCCGCCCGGCCACACCAUGAUCCCCAUCCAGACCGCCACCAUGGCCCCGCCCACGCAAGCCAUGGGCGCCGCCGGCCUGCGGGUGCCCUCCGGCCUGCCUGCCAUCAACAACAUGGCGCUCACGCCGGCGGCGGCAGCCGCCGCCGCCGCCGCGGCGGCCGCCGCGGCCAUGCCCGGCUCCGGCGGGCUGUUCGACGCCACGCCGACGUCGGCCGCGGGCCUGCCUGUGAACGACAACCCCACGGUGACCAGCCCGCCUGCGGAUGCUGACGGCGUGGACGGCAUGCUGGGCGGGCUGUCGGGUCUGGACCUGAUGACCUCGCUGCCCAGUGGCGAGCUGGUGCUGCCCAGCGACGGCGACUUUGGCGAUGACGUGUGGGCGCAGAUCAUGUCGGCGGCGUCGGCGCAGGCGCCGGACGCGGCGGGCGGGCUGGGCGGCCUGGACCUCAACCCCGUGUCCGCAGCGCUGGAGCACUGAGGUGCUGGAGUCGGCGCUGGAGCACUGAGGCACAGGCGCGGAGGCAUGUACACUGAGGCACUGGCGGGAGCAAUGGGCGGAGCGCUGGACUGGGGAGAGCGUGUUGGGGCAGCGACAUGUAGGAUGCGAGAGGGUGCCUGGUUUGGGCAGGGAAAUAAGGGAGUGGAGUGCCGGAGGGGAGAGGAGGGGGAGGAGGGUGGCUCCGCCGUGACUCCGAGGCUGUAUGCGCAUGGGAAAUCGCGAUCGCGUGGCGGGUAUUCAGCCCAGCCCAGCUACAUUGGUCUCCGGCCUUCUCUAUACAUAUACCAGACGUCUGUACACAGUAGACCAGCACGCGUUCCGGUUGUCGCCUGUCCCUGGCGUAGACCAGACACGUGGUUGCUUCGUGUGGGAACGCGGCGAGUGCGCGAGAGCCUCGGAAGCCCCCGGUCGGCUGGACAUUGACUGUCCGCCGGCGAGGGUGCGGGGGCUGUAUGCGGCGGAGUCGAAGCGGCGGCAGGGACAAUCCGAGUGAGGGCGGCCAGCGGGUAUACAGCAAGAGCAGUGGAGGCGGAUACAGGCGUGGUGCAGGAGCAGUAGCAAUAAAUGGUGUCGGUUGCUGUCUUAAGGCUGACAGGGGGUUGAUGAAAGGUGCAAACAGAGUGUCGCUUGCUAGGGUUUGCACGGGCGCCGGGAGGGGGCCCUCGUAGGCACGUUUGGAUGAAUUGAUAUGUGCUGCCUUAGCGGACACGCACACAGCGUUGCUAGCGGUCAACUAAGCGAUCCACCGCACUUUAUUAUGACAUUGCCACGUGGGUUAGGGACUUCUUUUUGCAUCCUGCAGGAAUGAAAUGCACUUGCUCUGAGCGCACUUUUGAGGAGUGUGCUGACGAUCCACUUUGCCAAGGAUCCAGGUGUGGGGAUGGGGUCUGACCGGCGUGAGUGUGUGGUUUUGGGUAAACUGGUGGGGAUAUGUAGAUGGCAAUGGCGGCUGUGGUGGGCACAAGGGCCUGGUUGUUAUUGUUCCUGUGCCCUGGGCCUCCACAUACGCGGUGCGCGGGCGAGUCGGCAGCGCCAAGGCACAUCACAAGACUGACGCUGCUUGAAGAUUAAGCAGGGAGCUGGGGUGCGGCGCUGGUGUGGCGGGCGCAGACGUAUGCCUUCCGGCAUUUGGGGGCGGGCGCCACGCACACAGGGCGGCUCGCACACGGCGGCUACUAAUCAAAGGACAUGGAUCCCAACACUGCUAGAUGUUUCCGAAUGACAGCAUGUUGCCGUACAAGGAAUGAGAGAAGUGUCGAUGCAAGGGGACAGGCAAGGCUGGCAAGACGUUUUGGUACUAGUUCGUAUGCAUGGAGUUGACCCCGCCUGCGUCCAGCCGUGGCUGCUGGGCUGCGGGAGGUCCCCAGCUCGUGAUGGGGACUGAAGAGUGUUGCAGUGUCGUCGGGUGGCGUGCCUAACCAUGGGCCCGCGGCAAAGCACCUGACGUAGAACGUUUAUACACGUGCUGUACACAGUCCGCUGGCGAGGUUGGGCUGUAAGAGUGUGAGUACAGCAUGAUGGGCUGGGCUGUGUGGGUGUGUGUAAGGCUCCACACGCAAAAUCAUGCGAGACGCUUGCGGGAAGACAUCGGGUCACACGGAAUAGCAGCGGCCAGACGGCCACAUUUGCGCCACAGACUACACAUACCCGCGGAGCGCCCACGCCCCAACAUUGCCGGGUAUAUAAUAACUUGGAC